GCGACAGAAGGCGGCGGACAAGAGAGAGGAGGAGAAGGGGGGCGAAAAAAAAAGUUUCGGCCCAGAUGUAUCUGCAUGUAGGAAGAGGAUGAGAGCGCCACAGGAGCGUCCACAGGAGUUGCGCUGAGACGCGGAGCCGUGCGGCUUUUGGUGCGCGUCCGUGCGGAGCUGCGUAAAGAGAGGCGUUCUUCCACCUGGAACUGGGCUACCACUGAGAAGCACCGUGAGCCGCUGAGUCCUGGGAGCCCCAACUCUCCCCAAUGAAGCCAUUCUGGUGGGCCCGCCUUGCACAGCUGGGCCUGCUCGCUGUGUGGACCUGCAUAUGGCUGGUCCAGGGUUGCGGACCAGGCCCCGGGUAUGGCAUGCGCCCCAGGCACAGGAAGCUCACACCUAUGCACCUCAAGCAGUUUUUCCCAAACUUCUCAGAAAACAACCUAGGGGCCAGCGGGAGAGCAGAGGGCAAGAUCACACGCAACUCUGAGCGCUUCAAUGAACUUGUGUGCAACUACAACCCAGACAUUGUCUUCAAAGAUGAGGAGAACACCAACGCAGACCGCUUCAUGACUAAGCGAUGUAAGGACUGUCUGAACAGGUUGGCCAUCGCAGUGAUGAACCAGUGGCCAGGAAUACACCUGCGUGUGACAGAAGCCUGGGAUGAAGAUGGCCACCACCCUCAAGGCUCCCUGCACUAUGAAGGCCGGGCUGUGGACAUAACCACCGAUGACCGGGACACAGAGAAGUACGGCCUUCUAGCCCAGCUUGCUGUGGAGGCGGGCUUUGACUGGGUCCACUACGAGUCCAAGUAUCACAUUCACUGCUCAGUCAAAGCUGAUCACUCUGUUGCGGUGGAGAGAGGGGGCUGUUUCCCAGGCUGGGCCCGGGUAACUGUUGCAGGAGGGAGGCAGAAGAGUCUUGCAUCACUGGCUCCUGGUGAAAGAGUCAUGGCUCUGUCUGCGACAGGGCAGGUCGUGUACAGCCAAGUCCUCUUGUUUCUGCACCGGGACCGAGAAACCUCGUCCACCUUUCUGUCUCUGGAGACAAAAGAUGGGUACACGCUGACCCUUACGCCACACCACUUGGUCUUUUUAGCCCCCGACUGCAGACACGACAGCCGUGAGUACCAGCCUCGGUUUUCUAGCAGAGCCAAACCAGGAGAGUGCGUCCUGCUGAGUACAGCAGCAGGUCAAGUGUGGCCAUCUCAAAUCAUCUCAGUUUCGGUUAAAGAAAGCAUGGGAGUGUACGCGCCCUUGACAGAAGCUGGAACUUUGUUUGUUGACGGGGUGCUGGCGUCCAGUUAUGCGCUGGUGGAGGACCACAGACUCGCACACUGGGCUUUUGGACCUCUGCGACUAUUCUAUUCACUGAAACAGCUGCUCUGGGGGGAGACCGCCGACUUUCAAGAAGCUCUCACUGAGACACAUUUGAGCAUUUUGACACCAAAGGACAAAGCAAAUAUAAAUGUACACAACGAUACUUUAAAUGAACAAGACAAUCUUGGGGAACCUUGCGCUUCCGGGGUUCGUGAAAAGCACUCCUUGCAGAGACAGAAAUCGGACGUUCACUGGUAUGCCAGACUUUUAUACAGAUUUGCUUGUGUCUUUUUAGACUCCAACUCAUUCCAUGCUUGAAAAGCUGAAACUACAAACAUAUAUUGUACUGGACUAUAUGCCACACUGGAUAUUUCAAACAUAUAUACUAAACCCUUCUUUUUUUUUCCAGUAAGUUAAAAAACCAAAACAACGAUACUGAAAUGGCUUGUUUGUAUUUUACACUAUUGUUUGUAUUCUGAAUCACCAUGAUAAACAUGCUAACACUGUCAAAAAUUAAACAGGUUGAUACCCAAAUUACUGUAUCAUAAUCUAUUUGUACAUCUUGUCGUUUCUUUUAAUUAUUUCAUUUAAAAAUGUAAAAAUAUACACGUUAUUCAAAUGUUAUAGGAAUGAAUUCCCUGGAAAACAGAAUCUCUAUUUUUGUACUUUCUGAAUCAUAAUAUAUAAAUGUUGCAUUUUAUUAUAAUAAUUCCCCUACUUGUAUUGUAUGCACUGAGUUGGUGUCAUAUUAUAAAACAAAUAAAAAUAAAAUUUAGGAAAACAAACACUUGUGUGAUUUUUAAAUCCUGGGGGCAGGUUAUGACUUUUAAGAUUAUUUACCUUUUACUUGUAAAGCAAAUAUUCAUUGCUUUGUGUGAAAAACAGACAUGCCAUAUGGAAAAGAUUGUUUCCCAGGGUCACAAUUGAGCUUCAUGUAUGUCAAAGUUUGCAGCAGUUUCCAUGUGGAACUUAAAUGUAGGCUGUCGGGUUAAUGAGAAGCCCAGGCGUACUUAAU